CAGAAAUUAAUGGCCAUGAGUUCGUAUAUGGUGAACUCUAAGUAUGUGGAUCCCAAAUUUCCUCCUUGCGAGGAAUAUUUGCAGAAUAGCUACCUAGGCGAGCAGGGGGCCGAGUACUACAGUGCCUCGCAGGGCUCUGAUUUCCAGCACCAGGGACUCUACCCACGGUCAAACUACAGCGAGCAGCCCUUUAGCUGUAGCAAUGCCCAAGGCUCUGCCGUGCAGCCGCGGGGUCAUGGACAGGAGCAAUCCGGCCCAGCGAGCCACUUCCCCGGCCAAGCAGAGCAUUGUCCACCGCCUCCAAUGCCCAACUCGCGAGCCUGCAGCCAGCAGCCGGCCCUCAAACCCCCAAACGGGUCAGCAGUUAAGCAGCCAGCAGUAGUUUAUCCCUGGAUGAAGAAAGUCCAUGUUAACUCGGUGAAUCCCAAUUACAACGGAGGGGAACCUAAACGCUCCCGCACAGCUUACACCAGACAGCAAGUCCUAGAACUGGAAAAAGAAUUUCAUUUUAACAGGUACCUGACCAGGCGCCGCCGUAUCGAGAUAGCCCACACUUUGUGUCUCUCUGAGCGCCAGAUCAAGAUCUGGUUUCAGAACAGAAGAAUGAAGUGGAAAAAAGAUCACAAACUGCCCAACACGAAGGGCAGGUCUUCUUCCUCUGGUUCAAACCCCCAUUUACAGACUGGUUCCAAGGACCAUCAGACUGACUUGACAACUUUGUAGAAGAGGUGAAAUUUUCC